UCGGGAAGACGUUGAACGAGCUCAGAUCAGUCUCUGGCGGAUUAUGGCGGCGCAGUUGGCGCAAUCUCCGCCCAUUUCUUCUUCUUCUUCGUCGUCUUCUUCGUGCGAAAUUCGAAUGUGACUGCGAGUGAAUGAGUUGAGGUAGCGCCCCCAUUCGACCUCGCGCCCCCCCCCACUGCGCAUGUCAUGUCGCAGACGCACUGGCAGUGGGAGAACGCCGCCGCCGGAGGCCUCGCCGGGUUCGCCACCGUCGCCGCCACGCAUCCCCUCGACGUCGUCCGCACCCGGUUCCAAGCGAACGAUGGCAGAGUCGUGUAUCUUCCGACUUACAAGAACACUCCCCAAGCGCUCUUCGCCAUUGCUCGCUCCGAGGGUUUGAGAGGUCUUUAUGCUGGCUUCUUACCUGCUGUACUUGGGUCAAGCCUUUCAUGGGGUCUAUAUUUCUUCUUCUAUGGCCGAGCCAAGGAAAGAUAUUCUGCAAGGAGAGAGGAAAGCCUAUCCCCUGGUCUUCAUCUUGCUUCUGCUGCAGAAGCUGGAGUUCUGGUUUCUCUGUGCACAAAUCCAGUUUGGCUCAUAAAAACAAGAUUGCAACUUCAGAAUCCACUUCAUCAAACCCAACCUUAUUCUGGAUUUUAUGAUGCUUUUAGAACCAUAAUGAGAGAGGAAGGUUGGCGUGCUUUAUACAAAGGGAUCGUUCCGAGUCUCUUUCUGCAGGUUUCUCAUGGUGCUAUUCAGUUCACUUCCUAUGAGGAACUUCGGAAAGUUGUUAUUGAACUUAAGGCGAAAGGAAGGAAAGAGAGGCCUGAAAGUGCUGAUAAGAUGCUGAACUCAGUUGAUUAUGCAAUACUGGGGGCAUCCUCUAAACUUGCAGCCAUUCUUCUGAGUUAUCCAUUUCAGGUGAUUCGAACUCGAUUGCAGCAACGGCCGUACACUGAUGGUACCCCCAGAUAUAUGGAUACCUGGCAUGUCGUGAAAGAAACUGCAAGGUUUGAAGGCUUUCGGGGUUUCUACAAAGGAAUCACACCCAACAUACUGAAAAAUGUCCCUGCUUCCUCAAUAACAUUCAUUGUUUAUGAGAAUGUAAUGAAGUUGUUGAAGCUUGGAAGGACGAAAGAAUAAACCUUUGCUUUCUUUGGAA